AAUUCUUAAAAGCAAACAUUGUGCCAUAGAAAAAAUAUCCAUCAGAAACCGCUCGACAAGCACAGAGUACCAGACAGCAACACAAAUCUUCCACCAAUCUCACUACGAAUUCGAUUCCGGAAUAUAGCAAUCAGACAUGCAAGAAAAUCGUCCAGAGCUCUACGAGGAGGUGAAGCUUUACCGACAGGCUAGAGAACGCGAAAAGUAUGACAAUAUGGCCGAUCUGUUCGCGCUCAUCUCAACGCUACAGAACCUGGAGAAAGCGUACAUCCGGGAUUGUAUCACGCCCCAGGAAUACACAGCGGCCUGCUCUAAACUGUUGGUACAGUAUAAGGUAGCGUUCAAGAUCGUCCAGGGAGACGAGUUUCCAACGAUCGACUCGUUCGUGAAACAAUUUCGACUUGACUGUCCAGCCGCCCUGGAACGGAUCCGCGAGGACCGCCCGAUCACCAUACGUGACGAUAAGGGAAAUACCAGCAAGUGCAUCGCGGACAUCGUGUCGAUGUUUAUUACGCUCAUGGACAAGCUGCGGCUCGAGAUACGCGCCAUGGAUGAUCUGCACCCCGAGUUGCGCGAUCUACUGGACACGAUGAACAGAUUAUCGUUGAUUCCGGACAGUUUCGAAGGCAAAGAAAAGGUGUCCACCUGGUUGGCUACGCUCAACUCCAUGCAGGCGUCGGACGAUCUAACCGAGGCGCAGGUCCGGCAGUUACUGUUCGAUCUGGAAUCAUCGUACGCAGCAUUUAAUAAUCUCCUGCACACCACGUAAACUGUGACGGUGCAGUGUAACUCAGCACGUAAAGGCUUCCUGUGCGGUUUCGCAGGUAGUUGUACAUAAAUGAAUAGGUUGCGAAUGUGCAUAUUAAAGGGUAUUCGGCAUAUAGUUAGAUUCUACAGAGUGAGAUUUGAAAAGGAUUUGAAAGAUGUAGCAGGGAAACAAGCAAAGCAGGGAAUGGAACUGAUUAACGGGUGAACCGUUAGGAGUAUGUUGAGCGAUAUGGCUAUUUUUAAUCAAAUAUGUAUGAAAUAUACGCAUUGUUUAUCCAUA